ACAGUCUAGAGGAAGCACAUGCGGCUCAAACUCCGGUAGUAAUCAUGGUGGUGAAAAAGAAGACACCCAAAGUUGAGGCUGUGGUGCUUGAUGGAGACAAGCUUUCAAAAUUAAUAGCAUCAUUGUCCAUUGAUGGAGGAGAGAAUGGGGUUCAAAAUCUUGCUAAGACUCUACAGUCCUGUUUGGAGUUGACAGACCCAGUGCAGCAAAUCCAGCUGGUUAAAACGGCAGGGGCACAGUUGGAGGCAUUGACAGAAGACCUGCCUGAUGGCCCUCUGCUCGGAGCCUGUCUGCACACACUAGCUUUAGUUUACACUUCACUGCAGCCCAAGAACCCGCUAAGACGUGCCAUUGCAAGUGCCUUAGGUUCAGUCCCAGUCUGGUUAGUGGAUCGUGUAGUAGUGUCUUUAUCAUCUUGCCUCUCUGACUGUCUGUCCAAUCCUGCUUCAGACAAGUUCAAUCAAAAUGUUGAUAUCAUUGCUGCUUGCCUUGAUGGCUUCCCAGUUGGUGAAAAGUGUAUUAACAAGCUAUUACCUGAAGUGUUGGAGUUUCUUCAUACAGGCCUGAGUAAAUGCCUCCACCAAAACAGUGAUCUAGCAGGAAGACACAUUGCUCAGGCCCAGCUCAUGCACUCCUGUCUGUCUGCUGUGAAGGCCUCCAUGCUGGUGGUGCAGAGGUCCCAGGACACCAUCUGUGCUUUGUUACAGAGAGAGAAAGAAAAGAGCCAUUUUGAGGACACUUUGAGUAGCCUGUUGGACUGCUACACCGAAAUUCUGACUGAUGAUGAGUUUGUUCAGUCAGUCCAGAGCACAGCAGGGAUGGCAAUGGUUUUGUUGAUAAAGUCCGUCAUGGGAUCUGGAGAUGAAGUUGCAUCAGUGGUGUGCAGUUUUUUGCAUGGUUCAUCAGAGGGAUUGGACCUUGCUCCUCAGUGGUUAAAACAUAGAUGUGAGAGAGUUUUGAUGAGUGGUCAACCUCCUGGAGUCUGUCUGUACCUGUGCCAUGGGGCUUUGGCCAUGUUGAGCUGGAAGGGUGCCAUCCCUGGGCCACAGUGGGAACAACUACUGCUAUUGGUCCCACAAAUUCUGCUGGAGUUAGAUGUCAGUGUAAAAGAGUCAAGCACAGCUAUGGUGGUGGCUCGGGUCUUGACCCUGUGGAGUGGAGCUGCUCUGGAUUGUCUUCAGGGAACACAGCCUUGUCCUGAUGCCCUGCAGAGUCUGAGAGGAGGCUCUGAGCUGCAACAGCGUAUCCUAGAGCACAUCUACUCUCACUGGGAGCACCCUCUGGAUGGAGUGAGGCACCAAACCCGCUCCCUGUUCAAAAACCUGCUGGUCCUGCACCGACUCACAUCCCCCUCAGACUCUAAGCAGGACCCCAGGACAGACCCCUACAUUAAUACCCUCACUCAGAGCCUCCUGGGGCUGGAGUGGCACAUGAGGGGAAAGUACGGCUCACUCAGCUGCUUGGUGGAGCUCCAUGGAGCAGGCUACAUCCUGGAGAUGCAGCCCCAGCUCCCCUCUUGUCUCUUGAGCCUCAUGGGGGACCAGACCCUGGCUCCUUAUGCUAGUGACCUGCUGGAGAGGCUUUUUGUGAGCCACAAAACUCAGCUGUCUGCUCAAGCUGAAGAGGGCCAGGUAGAGAACUGGAUGCAUCAGUGGCAUGUGACCUGGGUCACUCCUCUGCUGCAGGUGCUGUGCAGUGCCCGACUGGACCAGACAACCUACAUCCUGGACUAUUUUCUCCCCAAACUACUCCGCUGCAGCCCGUCCAGCGUGUCCCACAUGGUGCAGGCCUUACAAGACAUGCCCCUGUGCAGCUCAGGUCCAACAGGCAGCAGGGGGGCUUUAGGGGCCCUCAUGACCUGCCUGAGAGCAGCCAGAGCCCAGGGGGUGGUCCCUUCCUCAGAGGAGGGUCUUUGGGGAGGACUGCUCCCUCUGUCUCUGCUCCGACAAGCUCUCGCGCACAAACAUGACCAAGUGAGGAUGGAUGCCUUGGGUUUGGUUUGUGAGUCUCACCGCAGCACAGAGACUCUGACCUCACAGGAACUUGAGCUCAUUCAGUAUUUUCUGCCCCCAAAUCUGAACAGCCAAAAUCCAGGGGUCAGGCAGCAGACUGUUAGCCUCUUCAAAAAGCUGCUGUGUCGGGUGAAAGACAGUGCCCAGUUUCUCCAAAAGAAAGCUGGACAAGAGAAAAAUCAGGAGAAGAAGGAUCAAGACCAACAAACACUACAUUAUUAUAAGGAGUUUCUGCGCUGGAUGUGUGUGACACUUCUUGACAUGUUGCUGCCUGGAGCCUCUUUCUCUAAAUGCAUUAUGUGCCUUCAUCUACUCUGUCUGAUGGGACAGAUUUUUACCUUUACUGCAGAUCCAGACAGCUUUGCUCUUGGUGAGGUGGUGACUUCAAAUCAUGCUCAAAAUGUCCUCUACUGCAUUGCCAGCAACUUCCUAGAAGUCAAACAACUGGCCUCAACAUUACUGCGCCAACUCCUCCCAUCCACAGUGGGGCUAAAGGCUGCAGAUCGGAUGGCAAAUGUCCUUCAGGCUGCUCUGGAUCUCAGCACCAGCACUAAGCCCUUUGACAGUGUAACAGCCGCUCAUCUCCUGAACCUCCUGAUCCAUGAGCCAGACCUGACCCAGGCUCUGAGGCUCUGUGCCCAGAGACAGGGCCUCGAGGUUCAGCCUCCAGUCCCACCAGCAGAAGCCUCCCAGACACUUAUACUAGAGAUCAACACUUUGGCAGUGAUCCAGUUCUUACUCCACUGUCUUCAGUCAGAGGUGAUCAAAGCAGAGUCAUCUCUCCUUCAAGCCGCGGCUUCAUUUCCUCUGUAUGGACGAUGUCACUGUAUCACAGCAGUACUCCAGCAGCUUAACACUGGGAAUCUAAGUGAGGCUGAGCAGUGGUGGGCCCUUGUUUCGGAGCUGAUCACAGUUUGCUACAGGACGUCUGAUGUGGUUGCUCCAGUCGUGCAGAGCUCCUCCCCUGAAGGACUUAUCCCCAUGGACAAUGACUCAGAAACUUCAUCUGGUCUGCAGAAAAUCCUUCAGGAGAUUCAGCCUCGAGACACCAAUGACUUCUUCACCAACGCUAGAGAAUUGGAGCCAGAGCAAACUGAGGAGGAAGCAAAAAACUCACACCAUCCUUCACUGAACACAGGAGGAGAGAGCUACCGUGUGACCGCUCAGAUGGUGCUGGUGUGUUGCUGGCGCAGUAUGAAGGAGGUGUCCAUGUUGUUGGGGCAGCUCUGUCAAAGUCUACCCUUGGACUUCACCAACGAGGAUGGAGAGAGGCACCAAGGGCUCAUCACAGAGAAACAGGUGGAGGGGGUGGGCCUGUACUUCCGUCAGCAGCUUCUCCAGUCCCGUCACCGUGGCGCCUUUGAACUGGCUUAUGUGGGUUUCGUGCGCCUCACCGACAUGCUGUGCAGAAGUGGCAGUCAGGCCCUGCAGAGACUGCCAUCCCGCUGGCUCUCUGAGGUCCUGGAGGAGGUCAAAUCCAGUGAUCCUUCAUCCAAACUGUGUGCCACUCGACGCAGCGCUGGGAUUCCCUUCUACAUACAGGCACUACUCUCCUCUGAACCCAAAUCCUCCUCCUGCAGCCUGCUGAAGAUGACCAUGAGAGAGCUGAUCGCUUUAGCCACGCCUUCCUCAGACCGCGACACAGAGCGUUCCACUGUCCCUCAGGUCCACGCUCUGAACAUCCUUCGAGCCCUGUACAGAGACACACGUCUGGGGGAGAACAUCAUCCCGUUUGUGUCUGAGGGGAUGCAGGCUGCGGUGCUUGGCUUCACCUCUGCGGUUUGGGCUGUGAGGAACUCGUCCACUCUCCUCUUCAGUACUUUGAUCACGCGAAUAUUUGGAGUCAAGAAAGGCAAAGAUGAGCACUCCAAGAAGAACAGGAUGACUGGUCGGGAGUUCUUUACGCGUUUCCCUGCUCUGUACCCGUUCCUCUUGACUCAGCUGGAGGAGGCAGCAGCCACAGUGGAGAGUGACAGCGGUCAGGUGAAGCUCCACCCCAGCCUGUUCCUGCUACUCCUGGUCCUGAGCCGGCUCUACCCCUCCCCCAUGGAUGGCUCCUCCUCUCCUCUGGGACUGGCCCCCUUCACCCCCUUCAUCAUCAGAUGUGGUCACUCGGCGGUAUACAGGACCAGGGAGAUGGCCGCUCGCGCUAUUGUCCCAUUUGUUCUGGUCACUCAGGUCCCGUCCACUGUCUGUGAUUUACUGAAGGAGCUACCUCUGAGCCCAGGCCCCAAGAUCCAACACAAUCACAUCCAUGGGACUCUACUGCAGGUGUUGUUCCUUCUUCGUUCCUUCCAGUCCGACUCUCACAGACCCCUCCCACCUGAAAACGGCAUCGGCUCAGCUCUCCGUCAGCGCAUGUGGAUCGCUUCAUGUCAGAACAGCUGUCUUGUGACCAGAGGAGCAUUUCUAGACGUCCUGGCCUGUCUGUGUGGGCCAAAGAUCAGUCUGUUGGAAGAUUGUGAGGUGAGAGAGUUACGUCAGGAAGUGCUCUCCAUCCUCUUGGCUUCAGAUCUGUUUGUCCCGGGACCCUCUUCGGUGGUCCCUGCUCCGGGCUCCACCCAGUACCUCCUCAGCCUGUCCCGGGUCGCCCUCAAUGCCACUGUGGAGCACCCAGAGCUUUGGGACACCCAGCAGGCACCUCAAUUAUUACAACAUUUACUGAGUUCCAUCAGUUAUGAGGUGCGUGCAUUGACUCUAGACACCCUCCUGAAGCAGCUCCAGCAGAGGAGUAUGGACAGGGACAGGGACAGUGACAGGGGCCCGGAGUGGCAAAAUCAGACCACCCUGAGUCACCUGACGUCCCGGGCCUUUCACGAGACACACCCCCAUUGUCUGUCCAAGGUCCUGGAAGUGCUGUGUGCGCUCUGUUCCUCCGAGCCCAUUCUCUGGUGGGACAGGGGCCGGCUUAUGUCCCAGGAGGAGGUCCACAGACGCCUGCUGUUUCUUGCCCAGACCUCGGCUCACAGUGUGGAGCUUCACUGUGCUGCCCUCACGCUGUUCUCUCAGCUGGUGGCUCAGCGUGUGACCUCUGACCCUCAGGAUGGUAGUGCAGCCUCCUGUUUCUCUGAAUGGGCUGCUCUGGUCUGCUCCUGCUGCAGUGAGGAACAUCCUGUGGAGGUCAAGAUGAUGGUGUCCAAAGUCCUGGUCCAAUGCACAGCUCCAGUCCUCACCAGCCCCAGUCUGCCUCUGGGUUUAGAUACAACAGUUUCUCUGUGGAGGAGUCUGGUCACGCUGCUGCAGGAUGAGGACCAGGAAGUGCGGGACGCUGCUGCCGACUUCAUCUGUUUUGUUCCUGCAGAUUUGCUUUGUCCAGAUGUGUCCGGUUCUUCGGUCUGCCCGCCCCUUGCCCUGGACUCCGCUGUGGGGGUCUUGUGUCGGCUUCUCAAACAGUGGGAGAGGGUCCCAGAGGGGGUCCUGAGUCUGACAGAAUGGCUGCUGGGAAAUGAGGACGUGAACCAGGAAGAAGCCGAGUCAGGAGAUGAGACCAGUCUGGACGAUGAAGACUUCCUGUUUGAGAAGGGCGCACUGAACUUGUGGGCGGAGCCAGUGCAGUGGGUGAGGCUGCUGCACAGACACCUCAGCUCCCUGGUCCAGACCUUGGUCCAGACCCUGGACCCUGGAUCUGGUCUGCACCUGUCCCGAAUCAGGACUCUGUCAGACCAAGCUCAAACCCAGAGUCAAAGUGCCCUGAAGUCCCUGUCAUCCCUCCCCUCUCUGCCCCAGUUCAUCUGCCCCAUGGAGCACGCAAGACUCACCCUCAAACACGACAGGGCCCAGCUGGCUUUAGACGUCCUACACAAGCUGAGGUAGAAAAUAGAGCUGCACUAUGUAACUUUUCUGAUGAAUAGCUUUGUCUGGAAUGUUCCACAGUACGACAUUAGACCUAUCCAGCAUGCAUUUAUCCAAUCAUUAUUGUUGUUUUUAUUGCUCAGAAAAACAAGCAUUCUUACUGUGGGUGGGCUUGCCUUUCCAAGGAUCUGGCUUUUAACUUGUGUUGUGGCGUCACCUGCUUAAGUGUAAUGCCAUACUGUGAAACAUUCAGCAAUAACAUCUCCAUAGAGACAAAAAGAUCCAGUAAAGUUAUAUACUGCACCUUUAACAUGUACUGUAAAAUAUUUUAGGAUCAAUUAUGUUUUUAAUGUUGCCUCUGGAAACGCCAGGACUCUAAGAGAAAGACAUUUGAUGAUUCAUUAACUUUCAUUUUAGGUCUGUUAUAUUUUCAAUUUUCAAGGUAAAAUUGGCAAACUUUUAAUACAGUGUGUAGAUUAUAAUAACUAUUCUUUACUCCAACAAUAAAAAUGAAGAA